AUGGCGAAAACCGAGCAGGUCCUUUCUCUGGAACCACAGCACGAGCUCAAAUUCAAAGGCCCCUUCACAGACGUCGUCACUACAAAUCUGAAACUUGGCAACCCUACAGACAGAAAUGUGUGCUUCAAAGUCAAGACUACAGCACCCCGCAGAUACUGUGUGAGGCCCAACAAUGGAAUUAUAGAUGCAGGAACGUCUAUUAAUGUCUCUGUGAUGCUGCAGCCCUUUGAUUACGACCCUAAUGAGAAAAGUAAACAUAAGUUCAUGGUUCAGUCGAUGUUUGCGCCACCUGAUACUUCAGACAUGGAAGCGGUAUGGAAAGAAGCAAAGCCAGAAGAACUCAUGGAUUCAAAACUUAGAUGUGUGUUUGAACUGCCGGCAGAAAAUGAUAAACCUCAUGAUGUAGAAAUUAAUAAAAUUAUAUCCACAGCUGCAACAAAGACAGAAUCUUCUGUAAUGUCUAAAUCGUUAAGUUCUUCUUUGGAUGACACUGAAGUUAAGAAAGUAAUGGAAGAAUGUAAGAGGCUGCAGUUAGAAGUCCAGAGGUUACGGGAGGAGAACAAACAAUUUAAGGAAGAAGAUGGGCUGCGGAUGAGGAAGGCACCCCAGACAAACCACCCAGUCUCUACUUCUUCUGCCGUUGCAAAGGAGGAGGGUCUCAGCACCAGACUACUCGCCCUGGUGGUCUUGUUCUUUAUUGUUGGCGUAAUUAUAGGGAAAAUUGCCUUGUAGAGGCAGCAUGCUGGAGGAUUGUAAAUCGGAUGGAGGGAUCUGCCAUAUCAUUGGAUUAAAUUUAUUCAUAACAAAUGUUUAAAAAAAAUGUAUGACAUCUCACAGGUCUUGCCUUUUAAAUUUUUACCCCCCCCCCCUGCACAAAUAUAACAUUUAACAUAACAUAAUCUUCUAGAAAGUUUAAGAUGCACAAAGGCGUAAGCAGGAGAAGGAAGGAGUUGCGAGCAACGAGGAAAGAGAAUCAUGAGUUUUAACACUAUAGCGGUGCGUUUGUUUGGAAGGGAAAAGAAAGUCACUUUAAACAUGUCUCGGACCUUGGUUCAUAUUACUGGACUUCUCUUCUUGUGGAGGGUUGGGGGGGGGAGAGAUUUCUCUGAGGGGGCUGGUCCUUUUGUUGGCCACCCAGGGGCUGGCUUAAACAUGGAUGGUGGUUGGCUUUCUGUAAAAUAUAUUUAGCCCCCUCUCCGCCAUUCCUCCACAUAUGUUUAACAGUUCUGUCAAGUGGGUGUGACUCUGAACUCAGAAUCCUGUCUGCCGCGUGACUCCCCGAGCAGCUCCCAAGAUUCCCUCCCCCAAACUGGCAGCGUGGCCGCUCCUCUCCGAGUCCCAUCUUGUCCGCAGGAGCAUUGAAUUGCCGAGGGUUCGGCAGCUGCAGAGAAUCGGAACUCUGGGAGAAAGCGAGGAGGGCUCGGAGCAGGUCUGCCCCUCCCAGAGGCCGCCAGCGGCACCAGAGCCACAGAACUGAUGCAUAGUCUUGCAAUUGGUCCCAGUGGCGGGCAGGAUAGAUGCAAACAGAAGGUCUCAGAAGCUGGCAGUGGGUCGAGCAGACCGGAGACAGGGAGGGGCCCUCGAUUUCUAUGCCUCUCCUUCUCUGUGAGGCUCCUGUCGAGGAGGACUUGAUAGCGGGAGGGGCUUUGGCUUGACAUCCUGGGGUUACCUUCCUAGCCUUUGUUUAGCGGCCCGGAGUGCUCCUGUUCUCACAGGUGAGGUGGCUCCUGAUUUUUAAAUCCGGUUUUGUGGCUCCUGUUUAACUAGAUAUUUUUUUUUGUCGGAUCUUGGAACGGCGUGGGCCAUUGCAUUGUGCACUCUGAACCCUCCCCCCUGCUGUUAGUCCAGUCAGAUAAAAUCGUUUCCUCCUGCCUGCCUGUCCGUCUGUGUUCCACUUGGGAAUGGCAUCGUGUUAAUGGGGACCAUAUGCUUUUGCCCCCUCGUCCAUCACAUCCUUUUAUUUUUAUUUUUUUGUAUCCUCUUCCUUGUUGCAUUUGUGAAAGACUUCCCUGCUUCUUUCACCCUACAGCAAAAUCCAACGUGCUCACUCACACAUCGAAGUGUGUGUGUGUGUGUGUGUGCGCACGCUUGUGGGAUGUCUCUCGUAUAAUCUUCCCUCUCUAACCACUACAUUCUCGCGAAGCUUCUGGAGAGAGGAGGGAUUUGGGAAUUCAGUCUUGUGGUGGGGACGGGUCUCCCUGGUGUCCACUCGUAGCAGAUGUUUCUUUGGUGCCCGCGGCCUUCUCCACUUUUCCCCCAGCUGUGAAGAGAAGUCAUCUCCCCCUUUCCCCUCAGCCGCUUAGUGUUGGUUUUGAAUAGCGCUCCCGAUAGAGAGGCCAUCUCUCUUGCUGACUGAGACCUGCACCAGUGGAUAAGGAAAUGACCUUGGCAGAACUCCUGGUCCUUCACUGCCCUGUGUGUGGGAAAGGGGGAGAGGGUGAGCAGGUUUAGGCCCACAGCGGUAGGAUCUCUCUCACUGUGUCUCCAUUUUAAUUCGAUUCUGGACACUUAAGCAGUGAACAGCUUUCAGCUGACUCUGGCUGUAUCAAGAGGCGACUCCAAAGAGUCCUCUGCUUUAGCUGGGUGUGUGGGGAUCGAGCAUCGCUGCCUUGUUAUUCAAGAGGGACCAAUUCCAGUUGCUGUUGGUUGGUGUAGCAGAGUUAAAACACUUCGUAGUCAGAAAAAAUGUUUAAUGCCUAUUUAACUUAUUUAAUGUAUCUCAUCUCAUGUUUUCCUUGUCGCCGCGGACAUUUGACUACUGCUAUAUAAAUGGUUAAGCGAGAGAGAAGGGGGGAAGGGGCGCCUGUUCGAAGCUGGUGGAUAGAACUAAUUUUAUUUUUUAUUUCUGUUGCUGUAGUGAUGAUGGAUUCUUCGGCCUCCUAAUGCUUUGGGCACCACAAUUGUCAGUUUUGAUCAUCUAAACAUUGGGGAAAACAGCGGUCAGGAAACUGUUUUUUCUUUUUUGUAUAUAAAAUAAGUCUAUGUAGGGGAAAAUGAGUAGGAAUUAGUUCUAUGCUGUUCAAAACAAAAAAAAGACCAAUCCUGUUUGACUAUGUAGCAUCUUACAAAAAAAAAUCAAAUAAAUCUCC